GGUCAAGACUCCAGCCAGGAACCAGUUGGUUCCGGAGUCAGGAGGGACCAGUUGGUCCUCGAGUCAGGAACCAGUUGUUGGUCCCGGAGUCAGACUCAGAAUUGAGACAAAUUCGCACUGUCAGGAUCCAUUUCCUGAUCCAGAUACAAUAGACACUCUGAUUUGA